CUGGGCUGAGGGUCCUAAACAGCGCUCAGGAGGAGGAGGAGAUGCUAUCGGGGAGACCCCUCAGCUGUUUCCCUCACUCUGUAAACACACUCAUUCACACUGAUCCAGCUCACUAAACCCGCACUUUCACUGAAGUUCUCCGCAGUGAGAGGGAAUAUUGCUGCAGUUUGAUGAUCAGAGAAGCUGCUGUGAAGAAGCUGCUCUUAGAGGAACUUUUUCAGUCAAGUGCAGAUCAGCUUCUUCUCACAGCGGAUCCAUGAGUUUGGAGAGGACGAGGACUUUAGAGUAGAACUGGUGUUGCCUACAAUGAUGCUCUCACUGCCAUGGCACUGUGGCUCUGUCCUGCUGGCACUAUUGUGCUGCCUACUGGGAGUGACAUUAUCACUGAACCUGGAUGACCCCAAUGUCUGCAGUCACUGGGAAAGCUACUCUAUCACAGUGCAGGAGUCGUACGCCCACCCAUUUGAUCAGAUCUACUACACAAGCUGCACUGAUAUCCUCACGUGGUUCAAGUGCACACGCCACAGGGUGAGCUACAAGACGGCCUACAGGAGAGGGGAGAAAACCAUGUAUCGCCGAAAGUCUCAAUGCUGCCCUGGGUUCUAUGAGAGCAUGGAGAUGUGUGUUCCCCACUGUGCUGAGAAAUGUGUGCACGGCCGCUGCGUGGCCCCCAACACCUGUCAGUGUGAGCCCGGUUGGGGAGGAGCUGACUGCUCCAGCGCGUGUGACAGUAAUCACUGGGGUCCUCACUGCAGUAACCGGUGUCAGUGUAAGAACGGGGCGCUGUGUAACCCCAUCACGGGCGCGUGUAUCUGCAACACUGGCUACCGCGGCUGGCGCUGUGAGGAGCGCUGUGAGGCAGGCACCUACGGAACCGGCUGCCAGCAGAAAUGCCUGUGCCAGAACAACGCAACCUGCCAUCACAUCACAGGAGAGUGCACAUGCAGCCCCGGCUACACUGGAGCGUUUUGUGAGGAUCUGUGCCCUCCAGGCAAGCACGGGCAGCAGUGUGAGGAGCGCUGUCCCUGUCAGAAUGGCGGAGUGUGUCACCAUGUGACUGGAGAGUGCUCCUGUCCGGCAGGCUGGAUGGGCAUGGUUUGUGGACAGCCCUGUCCUCAGGGUCGCUUUGGUAGGAACUGCUCUCAGGACUGUCAGUGCCACAAUGGAGGCACCUGCUCAUCAUCUACUGGAGAGUGUCUCUGCAGCCCAGGUUACACUGGAGAAAGGUGUCAGGACGAGUGCCCGGUUGGCAAGUACGGCGUGAGCUGCAGCCAAACCUGCCGCUGUGAAAAUGGAGCCAAGUGCUACCACAUCAGCGGGGCGUGUCUGUGUGAACCGGGCUACACGGGCGAGAGCUGUGAGACGCGCAUCUGCCCACAGGCCGUAUACGGCAUCAAGUGUGACAAGAAGUGUCCCUGCCACGGCCCAAACACCCGCAGUUGUCACCCUGUGUCGGGCGAGUGCUCGUGUCAGCCUGGUUGGUCAGGUGUUUACUGUAACGAGACGUGUGCUCCUGGAUUCUUCGGUGAAGAAUGCCAGCAAGUGUGCCAGUGCCAGAACGGUGCAGACUGCCACAGUGUGACAGGAGAGUGUAUCUGUGCACCAGGCUUCAAGAGAGCUUAUUUUGAAGGUACCAAUUGCUCCAUCCCCUGUCCUGCUGGCACAUAUGGAGUAAACUGCUCCUCUGCAUGCACCUGUAAGAAUGGAGCCCUGUGUUCUUCUGUAGAUGGGUCUUGUACGUGCAAAGCAGGCUGGCAUGGAGUGCACUGCUCUAUAAACUGCCCCAGCGGUACAUGGGGACUGGGCUGUAACCUCACCUGCAUGUGUGGGAACGGUGGAGCAUGCAACGCUCUGGAUGGCCGCUGCACCUGCGCUCCAGGCUGGAGAGGAGAGAGAUGUGACCUCCACUGUCAGGAUGGAACGUAUGGCAUGGACUGUCGGGAGCGCUGUGACUGCAGUCAUGCUGAUGGGUGUCACCCUGCUACUGGAUACUGCCGCUGCCUGGCAGGCUGGACAGGGAUCCACUGUGACAGUGUGUGUGCUGAGGGCCGCUGGGGGCCGAACUGCUCUUUGCCUUGUAACUGUAAAAACGGAGCGUCCUGCUCGCCUGAUGAGGGGACCUGCGAAUGUGCUCCUGGAUUUAGAGGCACCACAUGCCAACGUAUCUGCUCACCGGGAUUCUUUGGUCAUCGCUGCAGCCAAUCAUGUCCACAGUGUGUCCACAGCAAUGGCCCCUGCCACCAUGUUACUGGCCAGUGCGACUGCCUGCCUGGCUUUAAAGGAGCUCUUUGCAAUGAAGUCUGUCCCAGUGGCAAAUUUGGAAAGAAUUGUGCCUGGACGUGUACCUGCACCAACAACGGCACAUGCAAUCCUAUCGACGGCUCCUGCCAAUGUUAUCCUGGCUGGAUUGGCAGCGACUGCUCGCAGCCCUGUCCUCCUAGUUACUGGGGUCCGAACUGCAUCCACACGUGUAACUGUCAUAACGGAGCGUUCUGCAGUGCGUAUGAUGGCGAGUGCAAAUGUACCCCGGGGUGGACGGGUCUUUACUGCACUCAACGCUGUCCGUUAGGUUUCUAUGGUAAAGACUGUUCCCAGACCUGUCAGUGUCAGAAUGGUGCAGACUGUGACCACAUCUCUGGGCAGUGUACCUGCCGCAGAGGCUUCAUGGGACGACACUGUGAACAAAAAUGUCCUCCUGGCACUUACGGCUUUGGCUGCCGGCAGAUGUGUGAUUGCCUCAAUAACUCCACCUGUGAUCACAUGACUGGGAUCUGCUACUGCAACCCAGGCUGGAAGGGUGCACGGUGUGACCAAGCUGGUGUUAUCAUCGUGGGAAACCUCAACAGUCUGACCAGUGCAGCAGUUCCAGUCGAUUCCUAUCAGAUCGGAGCCAUUGCGGGCAUCAUUGUUCUGGUGCUGCUGGUGCUUUUCCUCCUGCUCCUCUUUAUCAUUUACAGAAAAAAGCAGAAAGGGAAAGAGCCCACAAUGCCAGCAGUGACCUACACCCCAGCCAUGCGGGUCAACACGGACUACACCAUGGCAGAUGCACUUCCACAGACAAAUGAAGCUCCUCCCAACAGUAACUACUUCAACAAUCCCAGCUAUCACACACUAACCCAGUUUACCAGCCCACCUCAUGUUAAUAAUCUGCCCUAUGGGAAGACUAAGAACAACCAGUUGUUUGUUAACCUGAAGAAUGUGGAGCAGAGAAAGAGACCUCCCCUGAUGGAGCACACUGGCACUCUGCCUGCUGACUGGAAACAGGGCAGCUGUUUCAAUGAGUUAGGGGCUUAUGGAGUUGACAGACGCUACAUGGGAAAAUCUCUCAGAGACUUGGUGAAAGGUAUACCCUACCAUGCAAGUUCCUGCUCACUGAACAGCGCAGAGAAUCCCUAUGCCACCAUUAAAGACCCUCCUCUCCUGGUGCCCAAGAACACAGAGUGUGGAUAUGUGGAGAUGAAGUCCCCAGCACAGAGAGACUCGCCUUACACAGAGAUACACAACUCCAGCCCCACUAACAAAAACGUUUAUGAAGUCGAGCCGACUGUUAGCUCUGUCUACACACCUGCCAACAACAACUGCAAUGGACCAUUUGGCCAGGACCCGUAUGACCUACCAAAGAACAGCCACAUCCCCUGUCAUUACGACCUGCUGCCCACACGAGACAGCCCCCCAUCCCCCCACAAAGAGCUCGAAAGUGAAUGAGCUCUCAGAGACUUGAACAAAACACCCCAUUCCCACUGCCACGGCCCUGCCUUCUUCGAUUUUCAUGCUCACUGGUGGCUUGAAACACGUUAUCUGCAUAUCUCCAUGUCAGUAUAUUAAUGGUUUUAUUGCGGUCUUUUUUUACUGUCAUAAUAAGUAUUUUUAAUCAUUUUCUUUUCUUUUAAAAUGAAGAGAAUCUUUCAUACUGUUCUCUUAGCUGUCCUUUUUCCCACAUUCGUACUGGAAAUACAUGGAGUCAUUUAAAGGAUGGAGGUGAGGGGUGUAACGGUACAGUUUGGACCUUUGAUUUGGUGCAGACUGAAUAAAAGCUACAGAACCCACUAAAUGCAUAAAACUAGGACAAUCGUGCAAGUUAUAGUUUACAAACAUCCAUGUCUGAUCCACCUUUAUUUAAUGAGUUGGAUUAAGAUGAAAAAAGGCCAGAGUUCAGUUGUUUACAGCUGUUAACAGAGCAAUACUUGUAUAACCACUACAAUUCCCACAAUACCGUGCAGAUUCAAGUUUACUUCAAGCUAAUGGCUACAUUUUUCAGCUUCUCUGUGGGACUUGCACUUGUGAAAUUUGGUUCCACAUUACAACAAUCAAUCAUCAUCCACUGCAUAGACCCUUCAUUUAUAGCCCAGCAGGCAUUGUACAUCAGUUUGAUGUCAGAAAGAUGUUACAUUUUAAUUCCUAAUGUCAAUCCUUCAAACACAUCAAAACACGUCAAGCUUUUGUUACCUGACACCACAAUUUUAACAGUUUUACCCUGUCAAUGACUUGAUUAAUAACAUCAAGUAGACGUUUUGAUUAUCUUACCUUAAUAUAUCUUAUGACUAAAUGUUGAUAUUAAACAGCAAUAUGAUGUUAGCGUGAUGUUUUAAAAAAAGUAGGAUUGGGACUGGAAUUACCUGAAGCCUCGAUUUAAAACCAGCAAUAUACCAACAUCUAAUGAUGCUAGAAUUUCAUGUCCAGUUGAUGUUAACAUUAUGACAUUUAGCAGACUUUAGGUUUGGGUUAUUAUACCUCUUGACUGUCAUAACACUAUGUCAUGGCAUACAACGAUAUUGUACAUCUGUAUGAUUUUGUGAGAUGUUCAUAUGUCAGUAUGACAUUGGCAUGAGAUGUCUAACAGACAUUUGAUUGUGGUUACCAGACAUCAUAAAUUAAACAAAAAAAAUCACAAUCUAAAGAAGAUGGCUUUUGGUUACCAUACUUUACAACUAACUAAAAGUUUAUAUUGUAUGUUAGUAUGACAUUGAAAUGAGACAUUUAUACGGCAAUAUGAUGUUGGUGUGAGACCUUCAAAAAUGUUGGAUUUUGGUUACCUGACACUAAGAUAUGUAUGUUAAAAAUAUAUUGCUAAGUAGAUGUUGGCAUUUGACAUAACGCGUAAAAGACAUUGGAUCAAUUACAGCUCUGGAAAAAAAUAAGAGACCACUUAAAAUGAUGAUAUAUUUUUUUUAACAAAUUGAAAACCUCUGAAAUAUAAUCAAGAGGAAGAUGGAUGAUCACAAUCCGUCAAACCAAGCUGAACUGCUUGAAUUUUUGCACCAGGAGUGGCAUAAAGUUAUGCAAAAGCAGUGUGUAAGACUGGUGGAGGAGAACAUGCCAAGAUGCCUGAAACAGGUGAUUAAAAACCAGGGUUAUUCCACCAAAUAUUGAUUUCUGAACUUAAAACUUUAUGAAUAUGAACUUGUUUUAUUUGCAUUAUUUGAGGUCUGAAAGCUCUGCAUCUUUUUUGUUAUUUCAGCCAUUUCUCAUUUUCUGCAAAUAAAUGCUCUAAAUGACAUUUUUUUAUUUGGAAUUUGGGAGAAAUGUUGUCUGUAGUUUAUAAAAUUAAACAACAAUGUUCAUUUUAAUCAAACAUCAACCUAUAAAUAGCAAAAUCAGAGAAACUGAUUCAGAAACUGACGUGGUCUCUUUAAUUUGUUCCAGAGCUAUAUACAUCAGCUGUUGUUGGCAUUUCACAUCAAAUUGAUGUUAGCGUUAGACAUCGUCCUGACGUGAUUUUUAGUCACCUGAUGUCACCACGUACAUCCAACCAGAAAAUAUCUGUUGUCAUUGGCGACAUGUAAUUUCCAAUUAACUGCAUACACCCAACUGUGAUGUCCAUACUGUGACAUUUCAGUACGAAUACACAAACCGUUGCACCCCUAGAGUGACAUUUGGUAGCAGGUUUAAUCAGUAACUUCAAAGAAUCAUUCCAUUCAUUGAUGAUGACAUAUCACCUGUCUUUAUAUAUUGUAGAGUGCAAAUGCAGAGCAAACCUCAAUUUAUUUUUGUAACGAUGAAAUGUUUAAGACUUACUCAGUAUUAGAUAUUGGACAGGAGGCUGGAAUGUCUUUGUUGCUUUUUGAUUUUUUUUAUUUUUGUCUUUUUUUUUUGCAUUUAGGUGAGUUGAUAUUACCACUAUCUUUGUUGAGAAUCUGUAUUGUCUGUACAACAUUACAGCAUCACUGUUGUUUUAGGAUUUGUUUUAAGAUUUGUGUUGUCUUUUAGUGUUUUAUCUAUACUAAGUUUAACCAAAGGUCAGAGUGCCAUAAUAAUGUUUUUUUUUAUCUAUAUUGGCUCUUUUGUUAAAUAUAUUUAUUUAGAACGACCAUCCUUCAGUUCUGUUCUACGCAGCCCAUGGUUUGUGCUCAUCAUCACUAAUGAUAAAUAAUAAUAGUUAGACACACAUAAUUUACACACUUUGCUCUAUGUAAACUUAUUUUAAACUUUAUUUUAUUGACCAUUUUUAAAUGCACAAAAUUCAGCAUUAUUUAAUCUGUCAUCUUAACCCAACGUAAUAUAAAUAACCCAACAUAAUUUAACCACCCACAGUGGUUCUUAAAAAAACAGAUCUAAAAUACAGUAAUUAAGAGUAAUAAUGCUUAAGCUGGACUUUUGCAGUGGAAUUAAAACGAAAAUGUUGGAAAUGUUGCUGAGGGUCAAAAUUAGCCCGCUUGGUUUUUUUGUUUAGUUCCAGAUAUGUAGAUCAAUACUUUUAUAUGUUUGUAUGGAACGGUACAGAAUGGACAGCCUCCAGUCUUAAACUACUCCUCUGAGCCAGAUAUUACAUUUGUAUAAUUGUGUAUAUAGAAUAUAAUGUACGUUUCUUUAAAAAAAUGGGGGAAAUUAUGUUUGGGGACUGAGUGCAAAAUACACUCAACAUUGUGUCUGCAGUUUGUAAUAUUAUUAUUAUUUUACAGUUUACGCUACACAGAAUUACUGUACAGUUCCGUAUUUUAAGAGUCCCAGUCAGGAAUUACUGUAGUAUCAGUAGAUUAGCUUCUGGUACUGUACGUUUUGGUACGGGAACAGUUCCUUCCCCAUGGUAGCGUUCUCUCCCAUAGUGCUGGAGUGCAUGUAGCACUUUCUCCUGUUCUACAGAGUGUCUUCCUUUCCUGAUGGGACCUCCUGACUUUAACGUUACUGUAUUUUUAAUGGCAUAACAAAUGUGUAAAUACCUCUUUAACACGACAAAUGUUGUUUAGAGGAAACUUAUCAGUUUGUUUAAGUCAAAUGACAAAUGACACUUGCGUACAUGUACAUGUAGAUCAUUUUAAUGCAUUCUUUCCUCAUAUCUCCAAGCAGUAUUGACCACUUGAAGAAAUCACGGUUCCAAAAGGCCAGUGCAGAUUUGUGUUGACUGAACUGGGAGGGUACAUAAUAAGUGUUUCUGUAAAUAUCUACAGCAUCUUUAUUUUCCCUACUGUUGUUGUUUUUUUUUUUGUAAGAACGAUGAAAUGAAAUUGCACAAUUGUCAUUUUCUUCCCCAAAGAACACCCUUGACAAUGAGAUUUGCCUCGUACUACCACUUUUCUCACAUUAUAUUGUAUUUUAUUUUCCAGUAGCUUAAAUGUUCUGUAUGUUCAAUUUUUUUUGCUUUACAAUAAAAUUACGAAAAUGUUUUGAGUAAA